AUCAUCAACAAGAUGACGGUGACCAUCGAUAGCCUUCCUGCAGAGCUCCGAAGACAGAUCUCCCUCUUGGUCCUGGAUCAUUCCUGGCAUGAUUUGUCUGCCCUAAGCCAAGCCAGUCGGACCUGGCACAACGUUGCGGCUCCUCAGCUAUAUAUGGACCUUCGCAUCAAGUUCCACGAUCUGACAAGCUUGCAACAUGACGUCUCUGAGUUUUAUACCGAUGGCCUUGGGCGGCAGUACCUGCGUUAUGCCCGCAAGCUCGAUCUUGACGGCUUUCUCUCCAGGAUAUUAACUGAAUUUCAUGACAAGGAUCUCCUCUUUCUUCGGGAGACGGUUGAUGAGUACCCACAAAACGAGUGGGAACCUAUCCUCGCUCUGAUCCGGCGGCUCCAGCAUCUUAGCGCUUUUAACUAUGUGGUGGUGAACACAUUCCCCACGGUUAUCCUCAACGCACUCCAACAGUCCCACCCCACUUGUCGCCUGAAUAUCUGGACAUCCCAAUGCCCUUCUAUCGAUAUCGAUGGUCUAGGACGCUCCUGUAAGCUGGUGAGGAAGGAGGCUCGAAGGCCAUUUGAUCUCCGCAUCCUACGCGCACCGACACUCCACACGCUGAAGGUAGUUUACACGAUGGGGUUGCAUCCGCGAGAAUGGCGAUGGAUACACCUCGACGAGCCCAUGCCACUCAUCUUCGCUGCCCCCAAUUUAAAGCAUUUGAUCAUCGACGACAAACGCGAAGGCCGUGACAAUCCAAUCGAGAUAGUGAAAGAGGAGUGGGAAGACUUCAUCUCCUUCUACAGCAAGCUUGUCCCAGUUGCCCCGGCCACCUAUUCCCUCGAGUCCCUGAGUUUCCGAAGUGACGGUGCCGGGUUGGCUCAGGAGCAGAUCCUGCUGCGCAUCUCCACCAUGACCGACCUGUCUCGACUACGGUCGCUGGAGAUUGGGGUCUAUUCGGAGCCAGAGCUGUUGGCGCAAGUAGCUGCGCGAUUGACCGGACUAGAACGGCUGUACAUCAAGAUGGUCCCGCGGUCCAGUGGGGUCCGUCGUGGGGUCGCUCCAGACCGCGAAGAGAUGAUUGCCGCCGUGCGGGCUUUCCGUCCGUUGAAAUACCUCCGCCUGAUCAGCCUGCGGAGCUUCUCAUCCCUCGAUCGGAUUGUCUCGCACCACGGUCGGGCACUGAAAGGGCUGAGCUUGGAGGCCUCGUACCGCCAACGAGAGCAACCUGACGAUGAGGGCCACAAGUACCCCGUCAAUGACGGCGAGCAGCUCCGGUACCUGGCUCGACUCUGCCCCGAGCUGGAAGAACUCCACCUCCCGCUGCUGCGCACGGGUGGCGAUGCCCGCGAGUGCGAUUUAUACCGGGCAAUCGGCCAGUGGAGCCAUCUCCGUCAGGUCGUUCUUGACUUGGACUGCGAUCCGCGGGUUGCUGGGGUGGCCGAUGAAAGAGACGUUCUGGGUGACCUCACGUGUCUUCGGGAGAUCCUCCACAACGCUGCCAUCGACGAGGCGCUUGCCGCAGGCAUCUUCAAGCUCAUGUGUUCCGGUCAGGCUAACGAAUCGCUCAAGCAGGUCCGCGUCAAUCUCUUGUCACUUGGGAUUAUCUUCCCCCAGUCACUGGUCAACGUUCUCCGGCAAAUUAGUCAGUCGUUCCUCGUCACCCGGCCUGGGUUACCGCCAACUGCGGAAUUGCAAGUCCAGGCGGUUGGGACCGUCGCGUGGCAGCUGUGGCAUGAAUGGAUCCUCGUUGACGACCCGUCCAUGCGGACUCCGCCGCCGGUCCAACAGAUACUGGAGGAGUGGUGGCCGCUCAACUCGGAUCGAAAUCGCAGUAAGAGCUGGGAGGAGAUACCGCUGCUGGUUAAGAGCUUUCCUUUGGAGGCUGGUAUCGAGCGCGACAGUGAUGCGCGAGAGAAUAGAGGCAGCAGCAUCGGAGACGCGAGCAGCUGAGUAGAAACUACCAUCCGAUCGUCAUGUACAGUACCUACUCGUCUUGUGACGGAGGCUUGGAUGCCUGCCAUUAAUACGAUAUACCGCU